CUUCGACAUGAGCGCCGCUACCAACCGAGUGUCUGCGACCGCCAAGGCGACUGCGCAAGCUUUGAUCAAUUUUAUUGACAAGAGCCCGUCCCCGUUCCAUGCCGUGUACGAGACUGCCAAGGAACUGAUGUCCGCGGGCUUCACGCACCUCAAGGAAGACGAAAAUUGGGAAAACGCUGUUGUCCCAGGUGGCAAGUACUUUGUCACUCGCAACCAAUCAGCCAUUGUUGCGUUCGCGGUCGGCGGGCAAUACAAGAAGGGCAACGGUUUCCACAUUGUGGGUGCUCACACUGACAGUCCAUGCUUGAAGAUCAAACCUGUCUCCAAGAUUGAAAAGGAAGGCACGAUCCAACUCGGUGUCGAGACGUAUGGUGGAGGUUUGUGGACGACGUGGUUCGAUCGCGACUUGGGGGUUGCCGGCCGCGUAUUUGUGCGAGAAAGCGACACGAGCAUGACGGGUCGUCUCGUGCUCAUCAACCGCCCCAUCUUGCGCGUCCCAAUGCUCGCUAUCCACUUGCAAGACGCCGAGGCCCGAAAGGGAUUGAGUGUGAACGCCGAAGAGCACUUGCGUCCUAUCUUGGCGACGACCGCCGCCGCUGAACUUACCGGUGCGAGUCCUGCGGACAAGUCAGCCCCCCACCACCCGUUGUUGCUGGAUGUGUUGGCGAGCGAACUCAAUGUGGAUGUCGAUCAAAUCUGCGACUUUGAGCUGUCCCUCUUCGAUACCCAAGGCGGCACGAUCGGCGGUAUCUUGGAAGAAUUCGUGUUUGCUGCCCGCUUGGACAACUUGGCGUGCACAUGGAUGGCAACGCGAGCGUUGCUCGAGUCGUUGCCGACCCUGGAGACCGAAACAAAUGUUCGCAUUGCUGCCAUGUUCGACCACGAAGAAGUCGGUUCGGAAUCGCUCAUGGGCGCUGGGUCCAACUUUUUGGAAAGCGUCAUGAACCGCGUGAGCGAAGGGCAAUUUAGCGGCGAGGGUGUCCGCAAGUCGAUGUUGAUCUCGGCCGACAUGGCGCACGCCGUCCAUCCAAACUACUCUGCUCGCCACGAACAAAACUCCAAACUUCAGAUGGGCCAAGGCGCCGCCAUCAAGUACAACGCGAACCAGCGAUAUGCCACGACCGCCGAAACGUCCUUCCUGCUCAAGGAAAUCGGCCGCCGACACAACUUGAACGUGCAAUCGUUUGUAACUCGCCAGGACUGCGGCUGCGGCUCGACCAUCGGCCCGAUCCUGUCGACCCACACUGGCAUCCGCACGAUCGACGUCGGGGUCGCCCAGCUCAGCAUGCAUAGCAUUCGCGAAAUGUGCGGUGUCACCGACAUUGAGACCUCGGUCGAGUUGUUCAAGGCGUUUUUCAACGACUUUUCGACCGUCGAUGGCUUUGUCAAGACCGAUUAAGUGUCCAAUAUGGGAAUUGUUGCAUCACGUCGAUGAUUACACAACGGCAU